AUUAAAUACUCAAAACUUGAUCCAUCACCAAAACCAAUCCAAUCCAAAAUUCAAGUCACGCAACUCGUUUUGACGAUACGAUUGAAUACGCCGACGACGAAAUCAUAUAGGAAAUCUGCUCGGUCCUCUGCGGUACUUUCUCUGACAUAUUGGGACCCGGACUAGUUGCGGAUACCUAGAGUCUGAACGGGAAGUAGUCGGUGAUAAGCCGAGAAUAGAGAAAGUUCACGAUGCCGUAUUACGCCACAAGCCAGGAAUGGCUACGCCAGUCUUCGCUGCUUAUUGAAGCGCGGCCGACUACCACUCGCAUAACAACCAAAUACCACAUAUCCAAGCCCAAACCUCGAAAACCCAAAAAAUCCACCACCUCCGAUGCCCCCUCUACAACCACAACUACAACACCAGCAACAACAGCACCCCGCGGUUCCCUAACCCUAAAAACGUACGACCCGCACUCGGGCACAUGUCUCAAAUACCGCACCACCAAAGCCGCGGAGGUAUCACGGUUAAUACUGAGUCUGGGAAAACCGUUGGGGAACCGUAUGGCGGCGCUGCCGUUGCCGGAGGGCGAGGUGGAUGAGGUUAUGGUUGAUGCGGCUGUUGCUGCUGAAGAGGGGAAGAAGGAGGAGGCUCCGACACCAGCGCCGACGCCGGCUGCGACGGGUGCUGGGGGAAGUGGUAGUGGGAGUGGAAAACAACCGCAACAGCAAGGAGGUGGUGGUGGGAAGGGUAAGAAGAAGAAGGGGAAGAAAUAGGGAGAUAAGAAGGAAGGAUGAGGAAUACGAGGACGUAGGAAUGAAUAAACGGGGGGCUCUUUGACGAAAUGAGACUUUACGUUGGUAUUUAGGCGUAGGCUUGUUAUCACAAGUACGCCAACAACCAGAAGGAAUGGUGGCUACCUGAUGUAGCAUCUACAAAAUUUUACAAGUACAAUUUAAGUCACCACGAGAAAAGACAGUU